CCUGCUGCAGUGUCGUAUUAACACAGCCCAUCAGCUGUUAGCUUUCAGCUACGUCAAAGCUACGGAAGUAGCAUGUCUCUGAACAAUACCUGGAGCUGGGAGCCAUAGCACUAAUAAAACAAACAUGUUGACGUGAUAUAAAACAAUUUAAGGCAGCUAUGUAUGACCAAGACUAGAAGUUGCCAGAUGAGACAUGGAUUUCCUCACUCUGUUUGGGAUCUACGUCGUAGUGGUGCUGACAUGUAUAUUUCUAGUCUGCAAAUACUCAGGACAACAGCAAACCCCCUUUAAUGUCCUUUUCAACACUAUAACAAAGGUAGUUGCGCCAUUUACGCCAACAUGGAUGCAAAAGUUUACUCACUGGAGCCUGCACAAAUUGUUUCAUCAAAGGAACAACAUGUUCAUCUAUGUUCAUAUCCUGCUGGAGGGAGCAGUGUAUGCAGAGUUCACCUAUGAGGUGUUUGGCUUCUGCAGGGAGAUGGACACUACUCUGACCAGCCUGUCUGUGCCUUAUAUCCUGCUCAUCAUGAAGACCUUCCUCUUCUACCUCUGCAUUAAGAGAGAUCCAGGCACAGUGACAAAAAAGAAAGCCGCUGGCCAGCUGAACAUCUAUCCAUAUGACAGGAGACUGUUUCAUCCGGGGGUUUCAUGUCCAACCUGCCAGCUGGUCAAACCAGCUCGCUCUAAACACUGCAGGCUCUGUGACAGGUGUGUGCAACGUUUUGACCACCACUGUGUCUGGGUGAACAACUGCAUCGGUGCUCAGAACACACGCUACUUCUUGCUUUACCUCUAUAGUGUGUGCGCCAUGGCAGGCGACAUUGCCCUGCUCACAGGCGACAUGCUCCUUCACGCUGUUCUGCGGUCAGGGCUUCUGACUGCCAGUUAUAUAGAUGAGAACGGAGAGCAGCAGCCUGCAGGGUUUAUGUUUGUUGUACAGCAUUUGUUCUUGACUUUUCCCCGAAUCAUCUUCAUGCUUGGAUUUCUGGUCUUUGUCUUCUUCCUCCUGGCCGGUUACGCCCUCUUCCAUUCCUACCUCGCUGUUGUCAACCAGACCUCUAAUGAGUGGUACAAAAGUCGAGGAUACGUUUGUCAGCACUGCCACCCACCCACAACAGCUGACAAUCUCUGUGACCCAGCCCCAGACCACUCCAAAAGAUACUUCUACGGCAGAGGGAUACUCCGAAACCUGGGAGAAAUAUUCUUCCCUCUACAGCCUGUUCAGAAAAAGGACAACUGAGAGAAAUACUGCCUGCUAUCUUAUUAUGCUGCAUUUACUUGACCAUUCUCCUGGGGUUUACUGUCCUUUAACUGCUGCUGACUGAAGAAAUAAAGUUUAUGUUUGCGUUUUCUAAAAGGUUUCUGGUAUCUUUACACAAA